AUGAUUACUUGGUGGAGUCUUAAAGCCUAUAUUCAUCAAGCGGAUACAGCAGCUACUCAAACUACUCUCGCUUCUUUGCACUUACCUUGGGACAUGUACAUUUGCACCAUCUACUCAAUUGCUGCUAAAGGUGAAGAUCGACGAAAGACUUCGCCCCCAGAAAAUGCGGCCGCUCACUUGUCGUGUGAGGAUUUAGCAUAUUCUGGCGAUGGUGGCUUUGAACUCUUUGGCUUCGAGACUGCCAGCAUUAUUCUCAUAUGCGAGUCUAUUGAGGUUACAUUGUUCACGGGACAGCGUUCUAUCAUUUUCGCGAACAAACAAGAGCCGCUCCAAUUGUAG